AUGAGCGCUGUGCCACCACUCGCCUCCGAGUCCUUAGGAGUGUACGUUGCACAGAUCAUCAUCUUUAUUUCUCCAAAUAAUAAUCCACCAGACUAUGCUCGCAAAUCAUUCUGUAUGACCGAAAACGUGAACAUGCCUACUACCACACUGACACCCAAAUCAUCCUCCAGUACUCAGCUGACUUGGAGUCCUCGCAAAACUCCUGUGUCAGUACUCAACAAGCUAAAGAUGUCUCCUGGAGGGUUUUAUGCUGCAACGCCUAGGCUUGCUUAUCACACUGAAUAUUUUUUAGGUGGAAGGGAUGGUAACAUCCUCAUCACCAAGGGUCUGAACCACGACGAAGAAUUCAUCAUCCACGGUGUAUUCCAAAUCAGCCGUGAUGAUUUCUGUUUCACACCGGAUGGCAACUUCAAUCCCACAAAUGUCUUCCAUGGCCACUUAGAGGACCUGAAGCUAAGCUGUCAGCUCACCGCAGGUCGUAGCAAGGCCUUCAAAUUCUCGUCGGACAACUUCUCUGCUGUCAUUAGCAAUCUCAGUGCCUUCGAGAAAUUGGCUCCAAGGGAAAUAUUGUAUGAGACCCUCAGUGUGAUUCGGGACACUAUUGGCCGCAGAUCAAUCAAGCUCACUCACCAUCUCUUUGAAGCCACUGACAGAGAUCAAGAUGAUGAUACUAGCGAUGACAGUAGUAACAGCUCAACAAAUGCCACCCCCAUGGACGGCCUAGGAUCUGAAUACGACAUCACGACUUGGCCGGUUGCUAAUUGUUACGCACUCAAAUAG